AUGGCAACAUUGAUCGAUAUCGGACACAGCUACCACCCCUUGUUCCAAGCUCAGAACUGGAAAGAUGGCUUGUUUCAAAAGUUUGGUCAGGGGCUCGACAUAUUGGUCCACCAAGUUCCCCCAAUUCUGCACAUUUCGAAAGCAGCAAUCAUGGUGUACACGUUCGUCUUGCUUCUGCAUGGCCUCUUCCUCAGCUGUCGUCGGGAUCCCGGUGGCCUGCCACAGUCUGCUGUCGAUGGAAAGAAGAAGAAGAACGUCAGACGUGUCAAGCUGGCCCUGCCUCUGGGACCGUUCGCUGCGUGGCAUCUGACCCUAAAGACCAACAAAGGGGAUAGGGUGAUCAAGACUGGAGUCUCGCUGGGCCCCAUCAAGAUUAUGAUAGUCAUGGCGCUUGAGAAUGACUGGGAGUCUAUUUGGGACUCUAUCCGACCGCAAGCCAAGGUGUAUGGCUCGGUGUUGUGCAUCAAAGGAUCAACAACUGUCCGUUGA